ACAGAUUUGUUUGACUUAACUCUUUGACUGCUUUUCAGCAUGAAGUAAAUUACAAAUGGUGGAUUCUAAAAUUUUCUAACAAAAGCGAGCCGAUAUUUUUGUGGAUAAAUCAUUAAAACAUCGUCGUUAAUAUGGAAAUAUCUCGUACGACACUCGGUAUCGCAGCGGGACUAGCUGGAACAUUGUUUCUCGGCUACUGUGUAUACUUCGACCAGCAACGUCGUAAGGAUCCUCUUUUCAAAAAGAAGUUGAGAGAACGUAGACAAAAAGCCCAACAGAAUGCGUCUAGAUCUCGUAACCUUGGCGGACCACUACCAGAUAUGAGCGAUCAUGAGGCUAUGCAGAGGUUCUUCUUGCAACAGAUCCAACUUGGUGAGGAGUUGCUGGCCGCUGGAGACUUAGAGGCUGGAGUGGAGCAUCUCGGGCAAGCGGUCACUGUUUGCGGGCAGACACAACAGUUGCUCAGUGUACUCCAACAAACCAUGCCAGCGCCAAUAUUCCAUUUGCUCCUGAAGAAACUUCCAGAAGUUUCGGAGCGCCUCCGCGCUUCCAUGAAGGCAAGUGGAAGCGUUCUCCAAGAGGAAGACGUAGAAUAGACUAGUCCUGAUUCGAUUGUAAGGUUGUCUAGAUCACUAGUUGAUUUGUUUUUUUUUUUUUUCUAAUUGUGUCCUACAUGCCAGUUGCGUGAAAUAAUUAGGAUACAGAAUUUGUCUUUGGUUUGUAAGACUUAAACGGCUAUGGAUACAAGUUUUGUGGACAUUUUAAAUUGUAAUACAUUCUUCCUAAACUUACUAACAUCCUUAUACUACAGAUGUCAAAUGCACAUGGGCGACCCUUUUGGCAUCCACAUAUUUCUUGUCAUAUGUAUUGUUCCUUCAUGCUGACUCCGAGGUCAAGUUAUAUUUUAAACAGUUACAGUAAUAAUGGUAAAUCAUUGACACAGUCAGUGUAUUCAAAGUUAUAGCUGAAGAUGCUCUACAGUAGCUUUUAGUCUUUUUGGGGAAACAUAUGACAUAAAAAUGUACAUCCCACAAAACUUUUAUUUCUUACUAGCUUUUUCGCGAGGUUUCGCUCCGGAAAAAGUUGCCUAUGUUAUUCAUAAAGGUCUAUUCUAUAUGUAUACCGAAUUUCAACAAAAUCGGUUCAGUUAUUAUUAUUGUGGAAGACGAACGACGAAAAUGAGCGCUCAUUCCGCGUAGGUCUUCUGUAUCCUUUUUAUUUUACGACAAUAGAGAUUGUCUAUGGUUACAAAAUUUUUUAGUGUAAAGAGACAAAGUAAAGAGAUUGUACAUCAGUUGUUAAUUUAGAAUUAUUUAUUUUCCUAUGUGAGGCGACGUACUGGCGAUUUUUGCCGACUUCCAAAAAGGAGGAAGUCUUCAAUUCUUCGCGUAGGUAUAUUACAUUAUUUACGAUGUACAUGUUAAAGUCUACAUUUUUUUAUUGUCAACUUUUGUCUCUUCCUGUUAGUUAUUUCAAAUCAUUUUCAAAAUUUUAUUAAUGUAUAAAUUCAAUUUUGCAACAAAUUGAUGAUUAUAUGUUUGUAUUUAUUUAUGCUAAACCGUUAACUUAUAGUGCUGGCUCAUUAUAAAAAGAAAAUAGAAAUCCUAAAUUAUUUUAAACAUUUUACUCAAUUGUAAACGGCAUCAUAAUAUAAAACGGGGUCAGACUUCGACACGGUUUAGUAUUAGGGUUAAAAGCUCGAAUACUUUGGUCUUACAUACAUAUUGUCAUGUCUUGCAACUUAGGCUUUGUGCAAUGGUUAGCGAAGUACAAGCGAAAGGAGAAAAAUAGUAGAAUAUGUUAUAUUAGUAUAAAUGUGCAUUGAUGAAGGAUGGGUUCUAAGGACAACUUUAGUAUUUGCAUUUACCAAAAAAUGCCUAUCAACUUUAAAAUCUAGGUUUGUACAAUCGCCUACAGAAAAACAUGAGCUCCUUCCAUACAAGCAAACCCAUACGGCGUACAUGGUUUAUCUUCAUGCGACUGUACUUUCGUGUCGGAAAAUAGAGACACUGGCAGCGAAUGCAUCUAUUAUUUUCUUUUUUAUUUGGCUCUUAGUGAUUGACGUGACUAUAUGCCUCGUACACAAUAUCUAAAGUAGGGAUAUAGUAUAGACAUAACGAUAUGUAUGUUUUAUUCUUAAGGGCUGUAUGUAUUUAUUAUCAUCAGUUGUUUGUUGUAAAUUGUCGAGUUCAGCCUGUGAUAUGAAUCCACCGUAGGACACGCGAUGUACCCGCAAUUUAGAAUAGUAUGUUGCGCUCUUCUGGAUAAGAAUGCUUGAGUUUUGAUUGAGAUUUUACUGUGAAAUAAAGUAUUGUACAAAGUACUAAGUACGUACUA